AUGUCUUGGGACCUGCUACAGCGGCGGUACGCAGACCAUGUCGGGAUCCACUACGUCCUGUGCAACAAGCUCAGGCAGUUUCCCUACGAGGACAUCGAGUUCUUCCUCCCGCAGCUUUGUCAUCUGAUCAUCAGCGUGGACAAUGAGUCGAUGGCCCUGGAGGAAUUUCUUCUGGACCUGUGCGAGGAGUCGGUAACCGCAGCGCUCCUGACCUUCUGGCUGUUCCAGACGUACCUCUACGAUCUCUCGUCCAAUCCACAAGCAGAGGCGUUCAAAACAUGCAGGAGGGUAUACAACAAGGUGCAACACAUCGUGUUUGGCCUCGCCGAGGCGGGCAGACAUGAGAAGAUCAAGGAGAACAUCCUGCCGGUCAUGGUCCUGGGCAGCUUCAUCCUCGCCAGCAUCGGCGUCCCGGGCCUUGCCCACUGGGCAGGCCCCUUGGCAGUGGCUCAGGGCAGGAAGCCCCAGCCAGCCGUCGACCUCGUUCCGGAGCACGUGUCACAACCACAGAACAAGGUGACCCGAUCACACACCAUCAACACGACCAGCACAACGUCGAGGUCGAAGCGCCCCAAAGACUCGGGUCGCCCCAAAGACUCGGGUCGCAUCACGAGCGCCCCCGAUCCGCCCAUACCAGCAGUCGCAGUUUCUCCCGACCAGCCCAAGUCGCCCAUGGUGCCCAAGUCGCGGCCAAGCUCGUCCGGGGGCCCUCGCACGCCGGCGGACCCUGAAGGCGGUAAUGGCAAGCGGCCUUCGCAGCUGGAAAUGCUCUCGGCCGAGGGGAGCCUCAGCUCGUCCUCGCUGCCGCUACCGGAGCUGAGGUCGCCCAGGAUGCAGGUCACGCGACCGGCAACGCCCGUAUCAGCCGGGCUGAGGCCAUCUGAGCAGUCCUCCAGCCUCUCGAGGCGACACUCGCACCACAUUAAGAAGGCCCUGGCGAACCAGGCCGAGAUGAGCUCGCUGCAGAAGGUGCGGCUACUCAGGCAGAACUACUUCCGGUGUCAGACGGCCUUCCUGACGGCCCUUGAGGAUAUCUCAAACCGGCUCGUCAUUGUUCCGAAGCCGGCCCGGCUCAGCGCCCUCCGCGCCGAGCUGGCUCUCAUCACGCAGGACCUGCCGGCCGAGGUAGACAUCCCCGUCAUCUGCCCGCCGACGCUGGUCAACGGGUCGCCUGGGCGGAGCAAGCACCACCGGAUAGUGCGGGUGAACCCCGCCGAGGCGACGGUGCUCAACAGCGCCGAGAAGGUGCCGUACCUCGUCAUGGUGGAGAUCCUGCGCGACGAUUUCACCUUUGACCCGGACUCGCAGGAGAACCAGAGGCUGUUGUCCACACUCUUGGCGGAACAGGGGUCCAGGAAGCGCAUCUUUGACCUAUCCGAGUCGCCCCGUGGCACCCCCACCACCCGGGGCCCUGGCGGCGGUCUCGGCAAUCAGAUGCCCGUGGCCGACAGCGUCUUUGAGCCGACGGCUGGCGACCUCGGCUCUUCUCUCCUGAUCAGGCCGUUUGAUGAAGAGGACCUGCCGGCUGACGGCGGCAACAGCGGCGGUGGUGGGACCGGCAAGGAGGCCCAGGGCGUCCCGCAGCGCAUUUCGAGCAGCGCGACGACCCUGACGACCCUGUCCGACCCUACGCCGCGAAGCUCGGCAACGUCGACGUCCCGGUCCAGCAGCCCGCGUCGGAAGACCGGGCUCCCACUUGAGCCGACAGGCAUGGUAAGGAGCUACAGCCACAAUCUGCGAACGCCAACCGUGGAACAACAGCCCGACUUCUCGGCGCUGGCGACGCACAUGCGGGCGGCGUCGCAGAUGUUGGCGCAACUCGAGGCCACGAGCGGGAAGCGGCCAAAACACGAGGUGGCGGCGAUCCGCGCCAAGAUCAUCGCCAGCAUGCAGAGCCUCGAGGAACAGAGUUUCGAUCUAGACGACGGCAACGGGCCGACGUUCGAUCUCAUAAUGGCCAAGGCCAGUGCAGCCGAGGCAGCAGCGGUCGCGGCAACCAACGGGGCUGGCGGUGGUGUAGGGCCGGAUGCGGACGACGAGACGGUGGCUGCGGCGGCGGCGGCAGGCCUGGAUGGCGAAGCCAAUGCCGGGGAGGCGCGGAUGGAGAACGACUUCAAGACGGGCGGUCUGCAGCGAAAGGGGGACCGGGACGACCCUAGCGCGGCCGUGUUCGGUGAGGCAUGGCAGGCAAAGAAGGAGCGGAUCCGGCGGACAUCGCCGUACGGGUGGAUGAAGAACUGGGACCUGAUCAGUGUUAUCGUCAAGACGGGGGCGGAUCUGCGGCAGGAGGCGUUUGCGUGCCAGCUCAUCCAGGUGUGCCACCGCAUCUGGAUCGACGCCAAGGUCAACGUGUGGGUCAAGAUGAUGCGCAUCCUCGUGACGGGCGAGUCGUCGGGCCUGAUCGAGACCAUCACCAACGGCGUGUCGCUGCACUCGAUCAAGCGAAGCCUGACGCUGGCCGCCGCGGCAGAGGCGGCGGCCGGGGGGCCCGGGCCUGCUGCUGCCGUGGGCGCCACGACGGGGACCAGUGAGCAGCAGGGGCCGCUGAGCCCCGCCCCUCCGCCGCCGACGUCACGGCGUAGCGCGCCGCGCAUCGCGACGCUCAAGGACCACUUCCUCAAGGCGUUCGGGCCCGAGACGGGAGAUGCGUACAAGGCCGGCGUGGACGCGUUCAAGCGGUCGCUGGCGGCAUACAGCGUCAUCUCGUACGUGCUGCAGCUCAAGGACCGGCACAACGGCAACGUGCUCAUCGACAGCGAGGGCCACAUCAUUCACAUCGACUUUGGCUUUAUGCUGUCCAACUCGCCGGGCUCGGUUGGGUUCGAGGCGGCGCCGUUCAAGUUUACGGCCGAGUAUCUCGAGGUUCUGGGCGGCGUGGGGUCCCCCGAGUACGACGACUUCAAGCGGCUGUGCAAGCAGGCGUUUCAAGCUCUCCGCCGAUCGGCCGACAAGAUCAUCGACCUCGUCGCCAUGAUGGGGCGCGAUUCCAAGAUGCCGUGCUUUGGCGCGGGUGUGACACAGACCACCAACAACCUGCGGCAGCGGUUCCAGCUCCAGCUGAGCGCAGACGAGGCCGAGCAGUUUGUCGAGACAGACAUGAUCGGCAAGUCCCUGGGCAGCUACUACACACGACUAUAUGACACGUUCCAAUAUAGGACACAGGGCAUUUACUAG